GGCUUAUUAUUAAAGCUCGUAUGUUUGUGGAAUCUAGUGAGUCGUAACGCGCAGAAACGUAGAUAUAAUCAUCUAAAGAUUCCGUGAUCUUUGCUAUGACAAGAUGGUCCUCCAACAGUGUUUGGCCUGUAACUCAGUGACUGACUCAUGCACUUCAUGUGCAUGCGGCCAUGUGUUUGAACGCUGUAAGCUGAUUGGUGGAAAGAGAUUUUCAGAAUAUCGAGUGGAGCUAUAUUCUCGAUUGGAAAACAGAAGAGUGAGAAGACUCACAAGGGAAAAGAGAAGAAAAACAAAGAAUAUUAAACAGACACGACUCGAGACUAGGGCGGCGGCAGAUCAAACACCAGCAGCCAUACAUUUACCCCUUAAGAAGAAAACACAGACACCCAGCCAAUCUGUUACCCGACGAAUGAAAACCAAAACAUUCAGUUCGCGCACAACUGGCUCUAAAACAAGCAAAACUUCUCCUCCCCCGGAAUUAGUGUCCAGGCUUCCUGAUGCUCUUCAGGAAAUCAACAGAAGAUUGACAGGACAGAAUCUGAUGUGGUGGACAGUUCGCUGGAUGCAGUAACAAUUCUUACUUUAAAGGACUUUCUAAACUUGAAAAUAUGCCACACUUCCUGUCAGCCUCAGAGAGGAUUACAGUCAAGAGUCACGAUAUCGAUUCUGAAACCAUUCAAGACUAUGCCGAUAUUUCCGUUUUUAGUUAAAUAGGUGGGGUAUUUUAUUUAAACUGAUUAGCCAGUUUCUGUAUCUUUCCGCACAAAUGCAAAGCAUUCCAAAUGAUAGUAGGAUCAACUGUUUGAAACUUCAUCCAAGCAGAGGUGACCCGCCUAAAGAUAUCUUUUGUUUUCUUAAGUGCCACAAAUCCUCUUUCAUUUCAGUCUAAUGCCUGAAAAUAAAUGAAGCCUGCAGUGCUCUUGUUUUUCGUGAUUUGAGGGAGUAUGUAAAGAAAUUAUUUCCACCGAAGCUCUGACAAAGGUGCACUAACACGGUUUCAAAAAAAUUGAACCUGAAAAUGACAAAAAUAUUCUUGAUUACUUUUUUUUAUUUUAUA